UAGAGAGAAUUGAAUUUUGCAGUCCAACACGGCGGCAUCAACCCCCAAAUCCUAGCGGAAGCGGUAAUUGGGUUUGGUGUUUACGCUUUUCAAUUAUCCCUCUAAACCAAAGGCCAAGAUCCCUCCACAUCAUCCAUACAAAUACUCAGCCUUGCUCCUCUCUCUCUUCCCCCUACCGGGAAUUCAAGAAAUUCAUCAAUUUUUGAUAUCAUCGUCCCUUUUCUUUUUCCUGAAUUUUGAAAUCGUUUCAUGGAUUCAUCGUCUUUCGCUUUUUCAAGAACGAUUCCGUUUCUUUCUUGUAUUCUUGGUUCUUCUAUUGAUCGUCAGUUACAUUUUGUACGUUUUCUUAUUCAUCGUCGACCUUGUAUGUCCUUCUAACGAGUUCAAUUAGGAGCUGUCACCAAUGGGUAAACAACGUCGUAAUCAGCGUAAGAGUGCUGCAAUGCUGGAUAGUGACGACACUGAUAGUGUGAGUUCUUCGUCAACUAUCCGGUCGGAUCAAAUGCUGGGGACUUGUGUGGAGGAAGUGCAAAUUGAUAAAGAAAGUGUGCUAGAUCAAACUUUAGAUGCUUUAUAUGAGAAAAGGGGAUCAACAAGGGAGAAGGCUUUGGUGGCGAUCAUAGAGGCUUUUAAUAGCAGCUUGCCUCAUGAGUUUGUCGAAAAGAAAUUUGCAACAAUGCUGCAUCAGUAUCUGAAUUCUAUUAAGAAGGGUUCUGCAAAAGAAGUAGCCUUGGCAUCUCAUGCCGUAGGAUUACUAGCUUUAACUGCUGGUUCUGGUAAGAAGGCACAAGAAAUAUUAGAAGAAGCAGUUUCUCCCAUUUCAGAGGCUCUCAAAUCUCGUUCUGAUUCAUCAAAGAUAGCAUCGUUGCUAGAUUGCUUGGCUGUGAUCACUUUUGUUGGUGGAAAUGAACCAGAAGAAACCGAUAAGUGCAUGCAAAUAAUGUGGCAAGUGGUUCAUCCCAAACUGGGUCCGAAUGUUGUUGUCACUAAACCAUCACCGCCUAUAAUAACAGCUAUGGUGGUAUCUGCUUGGUCAUUUCUUCUCACAACAAUGGAUGGGUGGACACUUGAUCCUAAAAGUUGGCAAGGGUCGAUUUCUUAUUUUUCUACUCUUUUAGAUAAGGAUGACAGAUCUGUGCGUAUCGCAGCUGGCGAAGCACUUGCGCUGAUUUUUGAAAUAGGAAAUUUGGAGAAGUUUUAUAGCAUCUCUAAGGGUUCAAAUGACAGCUCCAUCAAUGAGGGGAACAAUUCUCAGGAUGUCACACAUAUACAAGGGCUCAGAGCAAAAAUCUUGAAUCAAGUUAGGAACCUUUCUGCUGAAGCAGGUGGGAAGGGUUCUGCCAAGAAGGAUCUUAAUAACCAGCGCAACACAUUCAGAGACAUUCUGGAAUUUCUCGAGGAUGGUUAUAGUCCAGAAACCUCUGUGAAGAUUGGUGGAGAGUCGCUUACCACCACCACGUGGUGCCAACUAAUACAGCUGAACUUUUUAAAGCGUUUUCUUCGAGGAGGAUUCAUCAAACACAUGCAGGAAAAUGAAUUCCUCCAUGAGGUGUUUGACUUUGCACCAAAGAAAAAGCUUCUCUCAGGUGCGGAUCGUGUGUCUGGAACUGAGAAGAGGAUGUACAAAUCUCCAAACUCGGCUCUCAAUAAAGCAAGGACUCGUUACCUGAACAAGCAGCGAAUGUUGGCACAGGAUAAGAACGCGGGACAUUAUGCGCUGGGGUUUGACGAGGAGUGAAAGGCUGCAAUGCUGCUUCAGAUCUGGAACCUUAUUAUGAAAGAUGGUUGAUAUAUAAAGCAAGGUCAGAGUUUUGAUAGUGGUAGAUUUGAAGAUCCAUUGAUGCAUUGAUCAUCGAUAUAAUAUCUAUGAAAACAUGAUAUUAUUUUGUGAUUAAAGUGUUGCUUAAAAACUAUGUUCAUUCAUUUACAUGCAAAUUGCAAGGUUUCACUUGUUGUAUUCAAAAUGAUGAGGGCAAAUAGAUGGUAGACACCAAUAAGGCAUAUUGAUAGGGUUGUAAAAUGGAGUGGAUGUAUUUAUUCUAUAUUUGCAUACGAAUAAAUAAUUGGAUAUCGGUAUCCGGAUUUGAC